AUGGCCACUGGUGGCUCGGCCCAGGGCUUCCAGAACCUGUUUGCUCAAACCACAAACUCGGCCAUAAGUUUGUUCGACAAUUUCGUAGCAGCCGUGAAGACAGAGUUUUACUCCUUGGUUCCCACUCAGGAAGGAUACCACUUCAAAUUAGAGGAGCCUAAUGGCAGCAAACGCGAGGAAAUCGGUAUGUUCCUCUAUCCCGGCACGGACAAACAGGAACUGGUGGUGAUGGGUUCCUACUCCACCUACGAUGAGAAGACCGACACGGAUUCCAUUACCAUGUAUACGGCCGAUAAGCAUGGUAACAGGGCCCGCUACGAAAUCAAGAAUCGCAGAUUGAGUGGCGUGGUUCACAAGACACUCGCUGGAUAA